UUGUCGAGUGGUUGGGUGAAGAGCGGCAGGCAGGAGUUAGCUACCCGUUAGCAUACUGCCGCUGUGGUAAAGUGGUUAUCUGUCAGCUAGCUGCUAGUAGCAGCUGCCAAAAGUGAGCUGUCCACACGGCGAAAGGCAAAACUUCGCCGACUUUGGGGCAUUUUCUCUGUCCACCGCUGGAUUAUAUACUCUUUUUGGAAAGCCAAUGGAUUUGUUUACAUCAUGAUGUCGCACAUGCUGGUACCGAGGUAGGGAAAACUAGCUAACGUUAAAAUCAGCUAACUUAGCUAGUCGGCAAGAAACACAUAUAUAGCUGAGAGAGAAGAGUGGGCUGUGAGUCCGGGCCCGCCUCAGACUAAAGUACCGGUGGCAGCUGCUGAACAAGAACUUUGACAAGGGCCUGUUUGCAACUCCGCUGCCCGGACACAAGAAAGGCCGACCGGGUGUCAGAGAGGCCGGCGUGGGAGAACAGCAGUCGCCCGUGUGCUGUGACCGGACACCUCGUUGGGAGUUUCGCAGGGUCUGGCCCAGGUUGUGACACUUUUCUCCGACAAGAGAGAGGAAGAGGAACGCUAUGGAAAUGUCCUGUGACGGUACGUGUCUGUGUCAAAUCCCUCAGCUGUGAAUAACUUCGCAAGACAUUAGUACAGCACUUUUUAUCUGGGGGCAGACAGACUUGACGCAGAUAGUCACCAUGUCGAAAAUGCCGGCGAAGAAGAAAAGUUGUUUCCAGAUCACGAGUGUAACGCAGGCUCAGGUGGCGGCCAGCAGCAUCACCGAUGACACCGAGAGCCUUGACGAUCCGGACGAGUCCCGCACAGAGGACGUGUCGUCGGAAAUAUUUGACGUCUCUCGGGCCGAUCUCGGGGUGUGUGAGAGGAGUUCAUCCGAGGAAACCUUAAACAACGUAGGGGAGCCUCAGGAGGGCCAGCCGCCAAGCACAGGUCCUGUCAACGGGGGACUAUCUUAUAAAAGUUUAGGCACUGGUCGUGUCACCCCACACAAUUUAGGAGGAAGUGUGCCUGUGCCAGCUACAACUCAGUCUAUUGUUCCGAGCUCAGCCACCCAUCCGUCGACAGCCACCAGCACAGUUCCUGCUGCCACCGUCUCCACCAGCGUGGCUCACACAGCUCCUGUGAACACCAGCUGUAGUUCCCGUUUCAGGGUCAUUAAACUUGACCAUGGUACCGGAGAGCCCUUCAGACGGGGCAGGUGGACAUGCACUGAGUUCUAUGAAAGAGAUUCAGAUUCAAAUGUUAAUCGAACUGUGGAUAGCAUAAAGCCAGCUGUAAUCCAUGAUCACAGUAUAGACAGGGACAGUGGGCUAGGGGCCACCAGCAACUCUGUGGUCACUAGCAGUGCUUUUUCUGCACAGGCGUCGGACAACAGCGGGGACAGUGGCCACUCCACCAUGCACCCUGCCCACCCCUACCCUCAAGAGCCUCUACAGCCAGGCUACAGCUUGGCUCCUCAGAUAGGGAGUGGGGCAAGUGCCUUCCAGCCCACAGGGUACACAACUACAGCAUCGCAACAACAGGCUCAGGUCAAUAUGCAGCCUGUUGCUCCCCAGACCUUCCUCUCUAAUAGCCUCAAUGGUGUGCACCAUGGUGCCAUGCACCAGAAGUCUCCCAUUAUGCCUCCUGCCUCGCAGGCCCAGCAGUAUGCCUAUUCUACUCAUCCUACUGGCCACUCAGCUGGCCAGGCGGACUAUCGUCAGCAGCACUUUGUCUCAAGCACUCAGAGCCUUCCCAUGUCUGCCCACCCUGUGGGGCAUCCAACCAGCCAGGUACCUUCGCCUCUAAUCACCCCUGCUGGUCCGGGAGCCCAGGGGCUGGGUGGGGAGGCAGCCACAGCCCAGCCCCUGCAGCCUCUCCUGCUGCAAGUGGGCAACACAUCAGCCAUGGCACCCAUCCCUCCAGGAAGUAGUCAACAGCAGCAUGUCAGCAUCGCUCCUGCACCUUCCAUCGCCACCACCACCUCCCACAGCGGUGUCCAGAACACACCUGCCACAGUGCCCAGUACCACCAACACCCCUCCGGGAGUGCCAAGUCAGGCGCCUGGCACAGGAGGACUCGUCAAGCCUCAAGGAGCCCAUGGAGGAGCAACAACAGUCUUCAGUAACCAGGCAGAAGAUAGUAGGCAGAAGUCUGAUGCCCUACCUCAGCCCGGUGCAGUUGUGGUGCCAGGGAAAGAUGGUGUAAAGCCUUUCAUCGGCGAGGGCCUCGGCCUGCCCACCCCUGCUGUCAACAGCCUGUUUGGCAUCCAUAUUACCAUGGAUGUAGAUGAGGACAGGAACCCAUCCACUGCUUUCUACCAGGCUUUCCGGCCUAGCAGAUUACGGGGGUCAAAGCCUGUCAACGAUAGUGCAUCCGGUGCCAGCGUCGUAGCCAUCGACAACAAGAUUGAGCAAGCGAUGGAUUUGGUGAAGAGCCACCUGAUGUACGCUGUUCGUGAGGAGGUGGAGGUGCUGAAGGAGCAGAUCAAGGAGCUUUACGAGAGGAACUCGGUGUUGGAGCGCGAGAACGCCGUGCUGAAGUCGCUGGCCAACGCGGAUCAGCUCGGUCAGCUGACUAAUCAGCUCAACCAAGGCAGCAGCACGUCGCCGCCGCUGCAACAGCAACACCAACACCCGCUCGUUACAAACAACAACAACAACACCGCCCCCUCGGCUCACCACGAGGGGAGUCAGAGCAUCCCUCACCAGCCCAACAUCACUUCAGCGUGAUCCCCGUUACCCCCAGUAAACGCGUUUAAAGACACACCUCCCACGGACAGGAGCGGAAGAUCCUGUUAGUAAAGACAACAACUGCUACCGUCCCCUCAGCUUCAUAAAGCAAAAGGCUCAGCCCUGCAUUCAAUAUGCUCCAUUCAAGGAAAAAUCAACAACAGCCACAUCUUUGUUUGCAAGAGCCAUGCUUCAGUGUGUGCACGCUGCCGUCACCGGGCUUCACAUCAUUGAGACAUUCACCACCCCUCGAAGAGUCUUAUCCUGAGCCCACGGUUGGCUGCGAGAAAGCUGGAAACGAAGGAGGGGCAGGGGUGCCGGUGCACACCAUCAAACAUAAAACUGCAUGCUGUUCUUGUGCAGGAGGAUGGGGUCAAAGGGCACAGGGAGCUCGGUUCGUUGGGGCAACAAGCUGUCGAAGAGGGCGGCGCAACCCUGCAAGGGCCCAACGAGGUCCUGUAACAUCCAGCAGGGACUGUCCUCCCAGUGUCCCCAACCCCACUCGCUCCAGGGCUGUAAGAGGCAAGAGCGCCGAGGGAGAAGUGGGGGAGAAGAUUCACCCUCCCUGAGCGGAGGAGGAUGCCGGGUUGCGAGUCAAGAGCCUCGGCUUGUUAUAUGCUGCAACAAAAGCUUGUGUUGUUUUUCUCAGAGCCACCGUACUUUGACAUGAAUCAUAAUACUUUUUUUUUUUUCAUUAGUUCAGUUUUAGUAUUUGCAUUUAUUUAUUUCAGGGCUGCUAUUUUCAUAAUGUAAAUGAAAUGUCAUGGAGAUACUCAUUAACACAUACACAAAAAAAGAAAACCUUUCUCUUUGGUCUUUUUGGUAUUUUAGAAUCUGUCAGGUAUUAAAAAUUUGGUAGUCUCUUGCAACAAGUAGAUCUCAAUAAGUAGGCAAUAAGUUCCAUAAUAGACAAUUUUCUUUCCAUGAAAUAGUGCUAACACUAAAGCGAGCUUACAUUAGAUGAAAUCCAGGUUGAAUGUAUAUUUUGUAAAGUGUAAAGUAUUAAGAGCAAAGGAGGGUUUGUACAGGAGAACACCUGUUGUUAAGAUGUGAUGGGAUGUUUUGAUAAAGAAAACUAUCAGUUUCACUUUUUCUAGACUUUCUUUGUCAAAACAAGAAAACAGAAAUUAAUUUGGGGGGUUCGGUCGGGGGGGAUGAAAAGCUGUGAAAAUAGUUCGACCUACUUUAUAACCAAAGACGCAAAGCUGUGUAAUUCUUUUGCCCCCCGCCCCAUUUUUAAAUGCACACUCAUUUGUUUUCUACUCUCUCCUUCCCUAUAUUUUUUUUUUGUUGCUGUUAUGCAUGUUCUGCAUGAUCUAUAAUCAAACCACUUUCUUACCUCAUGUUUUUAUCCAGCACUCUUAUUUUUCUGUCGAGAUGUCAAGUCUGUGAACGAUUGUGAAAGGAUUUAUGAAAGAGAAAGGGAACAAUGGGCGGAGAGGGGCAGAGUAAGUUGUCGAGGGUAAGGAUAAUAAUACAUUAAAAAAAAAAAAAAAAAAAGAAUAGCGAGGUGUUUGUGUCGGAUGGAGAGAAGGGCCCCGUGCACAAAACAUUAGUUAGAAAAGGAGCCAUCUUUUUUUUUCCAUGUAAAUGCUGUGUUGAAUUUCAUAUGCAGAGAAAAAGGUUUUGUUACAUUGCAAAUUUUAAUGUAUUUAAUGAAUGCAGCAUUUAGAUUUCGAUUGUAGUGUUCCAACACUUUGCUUACAAAGGAAAAAAAUAAUACCUGCAUAAAAAAGAAAAAAACAAAACAACAGAAUCUAUUAAACAUUUCACACUGAAAAGCUGGAACCCAGUCGAUUGUGUGUGAGCAUAUUAUGGGAUGUCCUGUCUGUGUCAUGUCUUUUGUGCCUCCUGUGCCGUCGUCUGCUGUCGCCAGGCGAUCCGGUUUCUUUCUCUGUGGCUUAGAACCAAACCAAAAUGCUUGGUAAUUGUACAAUCAGUCAUCUUUCUACAGGAUGGACUCUUUGAUUUCCUUCUUUUUUUUGUUUUGCAAACGGGCUUAUUUCCUUUGUCCUUAGAUUUUUUUUUUUCUUUUUUUUUUCCAUUUGAAGGAGAUGCCGUGUACAUGCCAAGUGUACUGUAUGAAAGUGAUCACUGAGCCUUGGAGAAGAUAUCUUAACAAUGCCCUUGUAAUGUGCUGUUCAGACAAUUUUAGUUUUCAGUCAAAAAUAAAUUACUGUUUUAUUAAGA